AUGGAAGAACCUAGAAUUAAAACAGGAGAAAAUUUAUCACGGCGAGUAAUAAUAUCCUUUGAUGGUGAGCAAACACCUGAAAUGGUUGAAAAAAGAUUAAUCCAAUUGUUUGCACCAUAUUAUUUAAAAGGAGCAUUAUCCAGAGAUGUCAUUGAAGAUCUAUUAAUUAUUAAAGACUUGCGAAUGAUUGUACAGAGUUUACGCCUUUGUUCCGGAGCAGAUAGAAGUACUCACAAGGAUAUUUUCUCAUCCAUUCUACUACAAUUCUUAUAUUCGGACGAUAUGCUCAAAAAAUUAGAAAACUUUGAUUUAAAACAGAAUAACACUUCUAAUAUCAUAAUUCAACAUUGUUCCACACAAUAUCCUAAAAAUGAUAAAUCCUUAUUAUCACCACUAGAAUACAUAUCUAAAAAAUCGAAUGAAAAUUCAUCUGAUAGUAAUGAUAUAAUUUCCGAAAAAAAAAUUGAAAAUUCAUUAAAACAGGACCAUAGAACCGAAAAAGCAGAAGACAUAGAUAAAGAAUUGAAUCAGGGCUUGAAAAAUACAGUGAAAUUAUCAUUAGAAAAUUCUGCAAAGAUUGUUUACUUUCUAAAUAAGAUCAGGAAUAUUAUCCGUGAACUUUCAGAACGAAUAUUCGAAUUAGAAGCUGCAGUUUCUAAGCUUCUACUCAGAAUUUCAGAGGCCGAAUCAAAGUUUCAAACAAAUUGA